GUGCACGCUUUUUACACGAUCCAAACACAAAUACCCUCUCAAACCACAUUCCCCAAUUCCACACCCACAAACAAAACCCUAGAAUUCCACGCUCUCUCUCUCAAAUCCGUACAUGAAAAAACCACCACAAUGACCGAUCACGAAAAACCCACCAUCAACACCUCCCCAACAAGCUCCCGAUCCGUAACCCAAACCAUAAACGGGUCACACCAUUUCGUCAUUCAAGGCUAUUCGUUAGCGAAAGGUAUGGGGAUCGGGAAACACAUAGCGGGAGAUAAUUUCACUAUCGGAGGGUACCAAUGGGCGAUAUACUUCUACCCGGAUGGGAAGAACCCGGAGGACAAUUCAAAUUAUGUUUCGGUGUUCAUUGCGCUUGCGAGUGAGGGGACGGAUGUGCGGGCGUUGUUUGAGUUGACUCUGGUGGAUCAGAGUGGGAAAGGGAAGCAUAAGGUGCAUAGUCAUUUUGAUCGGGCGUUGGAGAGCGGUCCGUAUACGUUGAAGUAUCGGGGUAGUAUGUGGGGAUACAAGCGUUUUUUCAAGCGGGCAUUGCUAGAAACUUCAGAUUAUCUCAAGGACGACUGCUUGAAGAUUAACUGUACUGUCGGAGUCGUGGUUUCCGCAGUAGAUUGUCCUAGGUUACAACACUCGAUCAAAGUACCUGAGUCUGACCUCGGAUCACAUUUCGGUACGUUACUCGAUAACAUGGAAGGUUCAGACGUCGUCUUCCAUGUGGCUGGAGAAAAGUUUCAUGCCCAUAAGUUGGUGUUAGCCGCUCGAUCCCCCGUAUUUCGGUCUGUAUUCUUUACACAAGAUGCACAGAAGCAUCAUGAGAUUGAGCUUACUGACAUGGAACCACAAGUUUUCAAGGCUAUGCUACAUUUCAUAUACAGAGACACACUUAUGAAAGAUGAGUUAGUGACAUCUAGCUCGUUCUCUGAAUCCGAUUCGUUAACAGCCAAGUUGUUGGCUGCUGCCGAUAAGUAUGAUUUGGUCAGACUUAGACGGAUGUGCGAGUCUCACCUCUGUAAAGAUAUAACCGUAAACUCCGUUGGUAGAGCUCUCGCACUGGCCGAUCGUUAUCAUGCCACUGAAUUGAAAGCUGUUUGCUUAAGAUACGCUGCUGAAAAUCUUGCAGCGGUUAUGAGAUCAGACGGGUUUGAAUAUCUGAAAGAGAACUGCCCUCGGUUGCAGUCUGAACUUUUAAAGACGGUUGCGGGGUGUGAUGAUGACUGUAGUAGUAGCGGUGGUGGCAAGUCAAGAAGUGUUUGUGGUCAACUUUCAGACGGUGGAGAUACAAAUGGCAGGAGGGUCAGGCAGAGGAUGUGGACUUUAGGAGAUUCUUGAUUUUGAACAAACAAAAUAAAGUUUUCGGGAAUAGCUGACUGUUGACAUUGAUUGCGUCGUCGUUUUUUACUUUUUAUCAUAAAACAAAAAUGAAAAAAAAGACUGUUCUUUGACGUGUAACAAAAGAGUGGUUGGUUUUAACUGUAGAUUUGUAUUUGGUCAAUUUUAACAAAAUUUAAUUUAAUGUUA